AGGAGCAGUGCCCUCUGUGCGUGUGUACUGUGUGUACUGUGUGUACUGUGUGUGUGUGUACUGUGUGUACUGUGUGUACUGUGUGUGAGAACCUAGUGCUAUAGUGCCAGAUGUAGUGAAAGAAAGGUUAAGAUUAAUACUGGCUUUUUAAUCCUGCUGAGUUCCUGAUGGAACCUUAUUCCCUAUUUACUGAAGUGCACUACCAGGGCCAGGGCUGGUCAAAGGUAGUGCACUAUAUAGGGAAUAGUGUGCCGUUUGGGACACAGUUGCAGUAAACAUGACGGACUCACCUGUGUUCUCUAACAGGCAGUCAGGCUGUCAGGAGUUCUAUUCAAGGUCUAAGGUCUAGUUUGUGUUCAUGUUCUACUAAUUCUAGUCAAUACAGAUCAACACGGUGAAGUGUGAGGUAAACUAGCUGCAGGGGGGUUCACUGCCCUCAUUUAUUUUAGUACUUCAUAUUUUGGAGCUAGUCCCGCCUCAUCUCCUCUUACUUUCCAAAAAUACCCCUGGGGCUGAAAGGGGGCACCAAUGCUGUGGUCAGAAAUUGAGGGACCCACCACCACUACUACCGAGCUUCACCACCACCCCUCUGACCAGCAACACAAAGUCCUAUAGGAGGAACCCGGAAGUGAAGCAGGAAGUAAGCGGCAGUGGCAGCAGAAAGCAUGCUGGGAUGUGGGGGCGGGGCCAAGCUGCGCCACAGUUUGACGGUGGCCUCGGGAUUCGUUGAAAACCUGUGUUUCUCGGGGAUAGCGUACGGCUGGGCGUCGCUGGUGUUCAUCCUUAAGAACGACGGCUACUUCAGUGACCUAUGUGACAUCACUGCCAACGCCUCUGACCCCGGUGACAUUAUCACGUUGUCAGGGGAGCGGCCCAGUGAUAACAUUAUACAGUCAGACUGUAGUGGACAGGAUGAACAGUUCUCUCUGGUCUUCACCGUCGCUCCUUCUCCAUGA